AUGCAACUAAUAUCUCAGACAGACCUUUCAGCAUUCUUUAAACCGGAUCUAAAAUUUCGUCAACAAGGACGUAAUGUUGAUGCUGGAAUGGGAAAGGCACCUAAGGCAUUCUCGGGAAGAACUGAUAAGGGCUUCCCCGUUGCAGUCAUCUGUGGUGAUAUCUGCAUAGCUCUCGACUCACCGAAUAAUUCUCCGUAUAUCACUCUUAAGGGACGAUCACCAGAAUUAUUCACAUGUCGUAGGGGUCGGCUCAAUCGAUGUCAAGAAUACAGAAGAGGAGUGCUAUAUCUUGACAAUAUCCAACUUCAGGUUCCUCGGCACAGAUCUUUAUCCUCGUUGUCUACUUCGCAAAAAUGA